UCCAGCACGGCCCCAACCGAAGCUGGCGCGCGCACCGGGAAGUGGAGAGACCGCGUAUCCCAGCGCCCGGCGGCCGUCAUCUUGCACGCUCUAGGCCGAACUAUGCUGGCGCUCCGAAGCGGCCUGAAGACGGCGCUGGCCCCGCGGGCUCUGGCGCCUCAGGUAUGUUCACCUUUUGCUACAGGCCCCAGGCAAAGCGAUGGGACAUUGUAUGAAUUCCGUACCUAUUUUCUCAAGCCCUCAAAGACAAAUGAGUUCCUGGAAAAUUUUAAAAAAUAUGUUCACCUUCGGACAGCUCACUCUGAAAUGAUUGGCUAUUGGACUGUAGAAUUUGGAGGCAGAACGAACAGAGUAUUCCAUAUUUGGAAGUAUGAUAAUUUUGCUCAUCGAACUGCAGUCCGCAAAGCCUUGGCCAAUGAUAAGGAAUGGCAAGAGCAAUUCCUCAUUCCAAACUUGCCUUUCAUUGAUAAACAAGAGUUAGAGAUUACCUACCUGGUACCAUGGUGCAAAAUAGGAAAUCCUCCCAAGGAAGGAGUCUAUGAACUGGCUACCUUUCAGAUGAAGCCUGGCGGCCCAGCUCUAUGGGGUAAUGCAUUCAAAAGGGCAGUAAAUGCCCACGUUGAGCUUGGCUACUCUACACUAGUUGGUGUUUUCCACACUGAGUACGGAGCCCUCAAUAGAGUUCACGUUCUCUGGUGGAACGAGAGUGCAGACAGCCGAGCAGCUGGGAGACACUGGUCUCAUGAGGAUCCCAGAGUGGUGGCUGCUGUUCGGGAAAGUGUCAAUUACCUAGAGUCCCAGCAGAAUGUGUUCCUGAUUCCAACAUCAUUUUCACCAAUGAAGUAGUUUCCUUCCCAGCAUUGAGCAUCCCAGUCACAGAGGUGAGAUGUGUCUACUGCAGGUACUUCAUUUCUCCAUGAGAAUCGCCAUUUGUUGUCUGAAGGAGGUGCUGAGCUACCACACUGUGCCCUCUGCAUUGUUAAGGCUACCAGAGUCAUUUCCUACAAGUACUCCAGGAAAUAUUUUGUUCAUUUUCGUAUCUACUAAAUAGCAGAAAGAGUUGUUGUUACUCCAUGCCCUGUACUUUAUUGUUUCAUAAGAUCCUGUCUUCUGUGAUUUUAUGACUACGUCUUGUAUUCAAAAAAUGAUUUUGAAAUUUUUUCCCUCAAAAUAUUUGUAAAUUAAAUAAAUACAAUAACUGCCUU